AUGGCUUUGCCUUGGUAUCGUGUUCAUACCAUUGUAUUGAAUGACCCCGGUCGGUUGCUUUCUGUUCAUAUAAUGCAUACAGCUCUGGUUGCUGGUUGGGCCAGUUCGAUGGCUCUAUAUGAAUUAGCAGUUUUUGAUCCUUCUGAUCCUGUUCUUGAUCCAAUGUGGAGACAGGGUAUGUUUGUUAUACCCUUCAUGACUCGUUUAGGAAUAACCAAUUCAUGGGGCGGUUGGAGUAUCACAGGGGGGAAUGUAACGAAUCCGGGUAUUUGGAGUUACGAAGGUGUAGCGGGAGCACAUAUUGUGUUUUCUGGCUUAUGCUUUUUGGCAGCUAUCUGGCAUUGGGUGUAUUGGGAUCUAGAAAUAUUUUGUGAUGAACGUACAGGAAAACCCUCUUUGGAUUUGCCAAAGAUCUUUGGAAUUCAUUUAUUUAUCUCAGGGGUGGCUUACUUUGGUUUUGGUGCAUUUCAUGUAACAGGCUUGUAUGGUCCCGAAAUAUGGAUAACAUAG